UCAGCACCAGAGCCUUGGAGAACAUUUCAGCACUUCUGGCGUAGCAGAAUUAUCCAAAAACACAAAUCCAAAAGCUACUGCAAAUCUUACUGAGUUUCAUUGAAAAUUACAUAUUCUUACUCACUUUUGAGAGAAAAAAAGUUUUACAUCGAUAUCGCUAUGGCGGCUAAGUCCAAACGGUAUUUGCGCAGGCGCGGAAGCAACGAGAUCACCUACGAGCACGUUCACGGUGACCCUGACCUUGAAAUCAAGGUCGAAUCCCGGACCUUCAAGGUCCACAAGGUCGUCCUCAUCCACACCUGUGGCUACUUCGACGCCAUGUUGGAAUGCGGGAUGAGAGAAAGCCUCGAAAACUACGUAGACCUACAAGGCUUUGACGCAGAUGCUUUUGAAAUCAUCCUAGACUUUUUGUAUUCUCCCGAACCUGUGGUCAUAGACGAGAAUUUAGACUACAUUUUAGAGUUGGCUAACUUCCUACAAGUCCAUCCACUGUUACAGUACAUGAAGGGAAAGGUGAACAAGGGAAACUGCAUACAUCUGUACAUCCUCGCCGAUGCCUAUAAUGCCAUAGAACUCAAAGAAGUAGCAGGGGACAUCAUCAGUAGAAACUAUUACAAGUUCCUGCGCACUGAGGACUUCAAGCGGUUGUUGCCGGAACAGCAGGAUGAGGUACUGCAAGGGAGGUUUAGAAACCGUCGGAAGUAUCUUGGUGCAAUCAACAACGGAUACGUGUUCUGGCCAGAGCCGGGACCUAGGGAACUUAUGAAGUAUGACGAAAAGAAGGAUACCUGGACUACGUUUGCCUCCAAACCCGACGACACUCCAAGUCGCGGUUUCGCCGUAGCCGCUCUACACAACUACAUCUACAUCGCAGGCGGCCACGGCAAGCCUCGCUCCGGGCACGCUUCGGGGCUGGGAGACCCUCAACUCACAGUGUACACCUACAACCCUCUCAACGCAGAAUGGGCCGAGGUGUGCUCCUUGGGCGAGGCUAGGGCCUUCUUCGGCUUCGUCGAAUAUAAAGGACGCCUUUACGCAAUCGGAGGCUUUCAUUUUGACUACGGCGUACAAAGCGUUGAGAGGUACGACCCUAUGCAGGACAAGUGGACAUUUCUAGAACCGCUGCCAAAUUUCGCUACGGACUACGGAAUGGGUGUGGUCUGCAAAGACGACAUCUACAUAAGUUCUGAAGAUUUCGACACGUCCACGUUUUCUCUGUUGAAAUACAGCCCGGUGUGGGACGAAUGGGACGUGGUGUCCGAGUUACCCCGGGAACGAGACCGCCAUUGCAUGGCUUCUGUGAAUGACGUCAUCUACAUCCUAGGUGGGCACGUUCCCGGGGUGGACUGUUACAACGUCAGUACCCAGCAAUGGUUCGUCUUAGAAGAACAUCCGGCUACAGAAUCUAUCUCUUACGACAAAGGUUGCGGUGUUAAAGACGGAGUUAUCUACGUCUUGAAUCACGAAGAUACAGUAAGCUACCUAACGGAUUCGGAGACAUGGGUCCAGGGCCUAGCACCCUUCCCUGGGGGAUUUUAUCUGUCCAUGGCAUUCGAAGUUUACUUGCCAGAAAAAAACGACGCUUGUAAGUAAGAUAGUGAAAAGUUUAUGUCAUUGUAAUAAUGCAUUGCUGUUCUUAACACUAGUUCACCUUUAUCCGUGGAACAACCUAUGUCCGUUGUUUUAAAAGCAGGAAAUUUAAGGAUACCAAGUUAAACUGCUUCAGUUUGAAAAUAUUGCAGUUUGAAACCACCGUCCGUCGACUUGACAUCCCGUGGCUUCCAAACAUAACGGAUAUAGGUUACCCCGUGGAUAAAGGUGAGCUACGUUAUUUCCUUUUGUAUUGGACUUCUUCGUAAACCCAUAUGCAGAUGAAUGCAAAUAUUUCAAUGAGGACAUUUACGUUACUACAUUGACUUCUGAUUUGUUAGGCCCCAUUCACUCGUAAGCGUAUAUCCAAGUCCGUAUGAGUUGCAUAUUUCUUUUACU